AUGACUGCUGCUGUGCACGACAGCACGCGACUGUUCUACAUCACCGUGGAGGCGGCGGAGGAGGUCAGGGCCCACGAGCAAGUCAGCAUCAGGGUCGUCGCAAUCAACACCAUGCAGACAGAGAUCUACGUCCUGCUGAUCCUGAAGGGCUCGGAUGAUUACAAGUCCAUUCAGGUGGAGGAAGGGGGAUACGUGUUCAGCUACAAUCCCCGCACCACCGGUGGAGACCAUCAGCACCUACUCCUCAUCCCCCCGGGAGAGGCAAUCGAAGUGCCAUUCCCCAUCGUGCCGACCAUAGACCAAGGGACGAUCGAGGUCACGAUCGAGGCUCUGACACAGAUCAGGAGGGACGAGGAGAAAAUAGAGAUCCAUGUCCUGGCGGAGGGGGUAGAGAUGGCGGAGCACACGUCCAUCUUGUUGGACCUGAAGAACCGGGCGAACGUCUUCCAAUUCUUCGACAUCGGAGUGGAGGAAUCCCCGAUCGUCCCCUAUCAGAACUGGAGGCGAUACGUCUAUGGCAGCCCGGCCGCUUCCCUCUCCGUCUUCGGAGACGUGGUGGGACCGACGUUCCCCGAAGUGCCCGUCAAUCAAGAAGUCCUCUUGGGUCGAGCAUCGCAAACCGCGGAGCAGUAUUUGUUCGAUUUCGCCGCCAAUCUCUGGACCCUGAAGUACUUGCGACUCACGAACCAGUUCAACUGGGACGAGGCCAAGAAGGCCUUCAACGGCAUGAAUGUUUUCUACGCGGCUAUCAUGCAUAAGUUCAACGAGGGGCAGGGGCUCAAGUACACGCCCAUCUCCAACAUGAGCGUCUGGUUGACGGCCACGGCGGUGAGGCACUUCAACGAGGCCAAUUUCCCCGACUGGGAGAACUUCAUCUAUGUGGAUCCGAAGGUGAUCUCGGACAUGACAGCGUGGAUCCUCAGGUAUCAGACGAGAGAAGGCGCGUUCCGGGAGACAACGUACUACAGUGAAUACCCCCUCAUUCUUCGCAUGGAUGGCCAUCCUUGGGGCUAUGCAGGGGAGUGGAACAACAGCGUGGAGGAAGGACCCCGUGACGUCCCUUUGACGGCUCACGUCCUCAUCACUCUCAAUCAGAUCCUCGAUCUUCUCCCAGGGAGACUGAGGGGAGACGCCUCGAACGCCAGGCUCAGGGCCAAGAGUUACCUGGAAUACAGUCUGCCGAAGAUCAAAGACCCAUACGCGCUGGCCAUCACUGCCUACGCCUUGAUCAUGGCGAAGAGUGUGGAGUCUGAAGUCGCUUUCGCUCUGCUUUAUAAGGCCAGGAGGGAAAACGAUAACGGAGUGUAUUGGUCGAGAGAGCCGGUGCCGGUGAAUUUCAUCACCUGGGAGAACAAUCGGCCGUUCCUGAAUCCGAAGGGUGAGGAGACGUGGGAUGCCCUGAGCAUCGAAGCCACCUCCUAUGCUCUCCUCGUCCAUAUCCAGCGGGAGGGGACCAUCAACAUCCUCCACGAGAGGAUCGUGUCCUGGCUCAACUCCAUGAGGAUGAACACCGGCGGGUUCAUCGCUUCUCCGGACACGCUGGUGGCGAUGGAGGCGUUGACGGAGUACUCAUGGCGAGCCAGACUUCGUGAUAUCACGGACAUGAGCGUGACCUUGGAGGUCACGGCCACUCCGGGCUGGGUGGAAACCGUACACAUCGGUAACCGAAGCAUCGCAAGACUCAAAACAUUCGACCUGGAGAACAUUUGGGGCCACGUGAACAUCGUCGGUCGGGGAGCGGGUCAGGCCGUGCUACAGAUGGAUUAUUCCUACGGAAUCGAUUGGGAUCCCUUGAAAGACGUGCCUCCCGUCGACGCCUACGAAUUGGACGUCCACGAGACCUACCACAAUUUCAGGAACAAGUCCCUCAUCACCGUCGAGCUCUGCCCCAGGUGGAUCAACUUGGAAGAGAGUCCCGUGAGCGGAGGGGUGACGAUCGAGGUGGAGAACCCGUCGGGUUACAGGAUCACCCAGGGUGAAGCCGUUCUGAAUGUUGUGAGGAAAAGACCUCAUCCCACCCUCAUGGAUGUCAAGGCAGAUUCCACCACCACCGUCUGGUACUUCUCUCAGAUCAGUUCGGAAGCUCAUUGCUUCAACUACACGUUGAGACGAUGGUAUCCGGUCGCAAAUCUCACGAGGUUCCGGGUGGCCAACAUAUACUCCACGUUUCAGCCAGAGAGGUUCUACAUGGCGAUGUUCAACGUGACGGCUCUGUAUGCCCUGGACAUAUGUGCCGUGUGUGGGUCCUACCAGUAUUUCAUUCAAGAGAGGCGUCGGCUGUCGGAGGUGGUCCUGCCAGAGCUCCAAUGCUAUUCAGCUCCUUAUGGAGUCGAGGUUCAGAUGGUAGACAUUCAGGAGGGGUUUCGUCCGAACGAGGUCGACUACGCGUCCUUCAGAUACGAAGACUUGCUUCAGGAACUCCGACACUGUUAUCAACAUUCCUGCGGAUGCUUCCUCUUGGUGAGCCAUUUCGGGAGCCCCAGUCUGGAUAUCAUCGGCUCCCCGGACGUCUACGUCAAGGCCGGCAGCGCCGUGGACCUCAAGUGCAAGAUCUCCGACCUGAACGAGGAGGAGCAGAUGUUCGUCUUCUGGUUCCACAACGGGACCCGGAUCCUCGACGUCCCGGACGGCCCCGGCAGCUCCCUCAAGGCCUUCCGCCUGGAGAACGGAGUGGAUUUCGAGACGUUCAGUAUCGAGGAGACGCAGCUGGGCCACGCGGGGAAUUACACCUGCCAGGUGGCGGAGGGGCAGCAGGCCUCCGUCGUCCUUCACGUCAUCCAAGGGGAGAGACCGCAGGCGAUGCACGAAGGAAACUCCUCGGGGCGACCGGGUUGCCAGGUCGCCACUGUCGUGAUUUGGACCCUCUUCACACGCCUGCGCGGGUUCGGGUGACGGCCGACAGGUGGCCCUUGGACUGAAAAUUUUUGCGGACCGUGACGGUGUUUCCGUGUAUACGUCUUCGACGUGCGACGUGUGAGCUCCAUUGAUAUUAUGAAUGUUUUUCGUCGUGACAACCUUCUCAUUGGCGACUGGUGAUUUUUGAAUCUCGUUUUUGAAGAGAAAG